GUGAGAACGUUUCCCUAACCUUGCGACGUAAGGCUCCCUGCCGAUCUUCGAAAUUCUCUCUGGUGCACAGCUGGCGGAAAACACCCUGGAAAACGCCAAGAUUAGACUUUUGGUUGUCACAUCGGCGCGGCUGGCCGGUGAUCCUUGACUUUCCAUAAUUGAUUGACAUCGCCGCCCUGAACUCCACCAUGUCGGAUAACUGGAAGGAGGAAGCUCGCGCGGAGCAGCAGCAAUGCCUCCUGCUGCUCGGCAAUCGGCUCUGGGACGAGAUCGAACCUAACGCAGAGACCAUUUUGAGGCGCAAAAUAGGAUUUGGCUUGUAUGGCCCGCCCCCGAAACCGGAUCCGGGCGCGGACGGGUCCUACGGUUACGAGACCGAACAAUUUGAAUGCAUAGAGAAGCUCAGCAACAACCUGAUCCAUCAAUUUAAUUUCAAAGACGAAGGAAUCCUUUUCGCGUGCAUCUAUGUAAUCGCUCGCAUCGAUGAUCAUAACCACAGAAUUCCAAUUUUCAAAGCGAAAUCCAUCGACGCUCAAUCGUGCGUAUGCAUUUUCGUCGAUCCCUCAGCCAGGAUUUACAGCGAUUGGGACGACUGGUUGAACAACAACCGACUGCCGGCGUGCACAUACUGUGCUCCCUCCGAGGGAGUCUACAGAGCCAACGCCGAGAAUGAGGUCCAACUGUCCUUCCAAAAUUCUCCGGCGAGUUCCGCCGGCUUAAUUGGUGCUCUCGACGUCACGUCCACCGUGCUCGCUGCCGGAGCUGCUGGUCUAUGGGUUGCGUCGUGGUUCGUUCCUGUGGCCGGGCCGGUUCUCACCGCCACAGCCCUCACACUGACCGCCUCCGAAGUCUACGGCGUGGGGCGAAGCGUCGCGGAUCUUGUAGAUCGUGGUCAACACGGCCUGAGCAUAGGAUUGACAGACCGCGAGGCCCGAGUGGACUGGUUCUCGAUCGCUGCCGGUGCGUCGGGUUUCGGCUUCGCGUCGAAUAAUUUCAUUGCGAAGCUCUCCUCUCCGGCACGUUCGGGAGAGGUCGUGGGGAGAGCUAGCAGGAUCGCUUUCGCCGCAGCCCAGAUCGGGAAGUUGAGCAUCAAUGGCUUGAAGGUCGCUCACAGCCUGGAGAAUCUCGUUUUCAAAUUGAAGAAACAUGAGCCUACACCGGAAGACGUCACGGAGUUCGUCGCCUCCGUGCUUUUUUUCUUCAACGCCGCGAUCGAAUUCAAAACUGCGUAUAAGAUCAUCAAAGAAAUCCAGAGAGAAAUGUUGGGUCGAAAUCGGAUGAGAUUCAAGCCGGGAUCGGGGACCUUGUUCGACUCGGAUAUCGAUGAGUCGCGGCGAGCCGGCGAAAUCCAUACGAUCGCAAGCCCUGUCAGGAAAUUGAACAAGAUUGAGGACGUGAAACAAUUUUAUGAACUGGUGGAUGACAAGCAUGUGGCCGAUCUCAAGGUCCCCUGGGAAAGAUCCACUAAGAACACGGUCGAUGCGCCUGUAUGUUGUGAGGAAUGCGGAAACGACUCACUGGACGUCGGUUUUCAGCUUAUCAAUGGAAUAGAAGAAUCAAUACAGUGAAGUCCGACCAUCGAAGCUCUCAGUCGACAGCUUUUUCCGGAAGAUUCGAAGCUCGUAUGUGACCUGACGACGACCUCAGCGAGAACAGCC